CCAUUCAAGAAGAACCGUUCAGCACGAGACGCCCCUGUGUGCAUAUCGUGGGCUUGCGCAGUGUGGUUUAAACAGUACAAACACACACAGUUGUUGCUUUUCCUUCAGAGCCAUUUUUUUGUACAAAAAUGUUUGGAGAAACGUUUAAAAAUUUUACAAUACAUUUCAACGCCAAUAACCCGAGAGGGACUUUCUCGAGUGGUGACUUUAUGGCAGGUCAGAUUUCCUUUGAUCUUUCGAAAGAAACAAAGCUCAGUUCUAUAACAUUAGCAUUAAAUGGAAAAGCAAAGGUACAGUGGACAACACAAGGAGGAAGUGGUGGAAGAAGAGGACGACGCAGAAGGCAACGACGAGUCCACUCAGCAAGGCUGGAAUUCUUCAACUUCUCUCAAAUCGUAAUGCAAGAAAAUAACGCGGUCCCUAACACCACACUUCAACCAGGAACCCAUGUGUACCCAUUCACAUGCCAAAUCCCACAAGGAAACUUCCCCUCCUCUUUCCAUGGGGUGCAUGGCAGUAUCAUUUACUCAAUGAAGGUGGAGAUACACAGGCCAUGGCAUCUAGCCAAGGAGUUUGUGACUGAGUUCAACUUUGCCAGCCACAUAGAUGCCAACCAACCACAUCUUCUUGCUCCUCUGGCAGGCAGCAACACCAAGACCCUGUGCUGCCUCUGGUGUGCCUCAGGUCCCAUCUCAAUGACUGUCUGCACUGAGAGGAAAGGCUUUGUCCCAGGAGAGAUGGUGAAAAUCAUCUGUGAGCUUAGUAACGGCUCCUCUCGGAUAGUGACUCCGCAUGCAACCCUUAUCCAGAAGCAGAUGUUUUACACCCAUAACAAGUGCAACAGGAGGUUGCAGAUGAAAAACCUGGCUUCAGUGGAUGGUCAGCCGGUCAACCCCAGUAGCUCUGAGGUCUACAGCGAUAUGAUGCUUCUCAUCCCUCCCAACACGACUCUCACUAUCUCCAACUGUCCUAUACUGGAGCUGGAUUACACUGUGGAUGUGAGUCUACGUAUCAGAGGUUCCACGGACCUCAAGGUGCUGUUCCCCAUUGUGCUGUGUAAUAUUCCUGUUUACGCACCCCAGCCUCCACCGCCAUAUCAGUAGCAGUAGUACUAGGAUCAUGUUGCCCCUAGACUCCAAUCUAAGGUCAGUUCAGUGUUUUUCUACCUAGUGGUUAGGAUUUAGGCAGGGUAAGCAGCGCUUAGAUACGAAGGGAAACUUGUACCUAGUCAUAUUAGAGGCAUGCAUAGUGUCUCACAACAUCCGUAACCAAAGUUACGUCUGGGAAUAUGAGGGUUACUAGGAACCAUUCUUCUGGUGAGCUGGUUUUUGUGUCACUGAUUAUUUGGACAAAUCACGAUUUCGCCGGGUUGGUCUAAACCUGGCAUCUUUAGAAUUUGGAAAGGGAGGGGUUAAUUUAGGCCCAUAGAUGACUAAAAGAAUUUCAGAGGAGGGCAUGUGGACUUUGCCACUCACAUUAGGCCAAACAUCUCAGCUGGCCAGAGGCCCGCGUUCACUCUAGAUUUGGUUCUGGAUUCUGAGAUUAGACACUGCCAAACCCCCUUUUAAGAUGGGGUUUCCAAUUCUACAAUUUCUACAUGUUUAUCACCAUAAGAAUUGUUAGAGCAAGUUUUGUCAUCGACCACCAUGUCAAAUCCUUCCUUCAUAUAUUGUCUCUUACCAAUACCUAUGGAAGUCUUGUGCUAUUUCUGCUCACUAUUGCCAUAACUGUUCAGAAUUCAUUACUUUUUUAAAGACUGACAUUUCAGAGCCUAAUUCACCUCCAUCUAUGUCAUGAGAUGAGGAAAUAUUGGGCAAUGUUAUUGCUAAGAGGACUAACUUAAUACUACAGCUGAUAAGGAAGAAGGCUUGAUAGACAACUGAACUUGCUCUAACAAAUCUUACAACAUAACAAAUUGUAGGAUUUAUGUUAAAUGCCUCUUAAAAAGGUUGAUUUGCAAUAGUUCUCAGGGUUGUACCAAAUACGGUACCAUAUUUUCUAAUAUUUUAUGCAUGAACUUUUAAAAGGUGUUUGUUCCAUUAAUAUUUCUGUUACAUGUUUUUCUAGCCAUACAGUUUUAUUUACAGUUGUAUGUGUGUGUGUAUAUACACUGCUCAAAAAAAUAAAGGGAACACUUAAACAACACAAUGUAACUCCAAGUCAAUCACACUUCUGUGAAAUCAAACUGUCCACUUAGGAAGCAACACUGAUUGACAAUAAAUUUCACAUGCUGUUGUGCAAAUGGAAUAGACAAAAGGUGGAAAU